AUGCGCAUCACCAAGAUUUCCUCUAGCGCUGCUUCGCUUAUCACUCUCUCUUCUGUUGUUAAUGGACUCAAUAUCCUCAUUACAACCUUGAAGAAUGACGACGGUUUCGGUACUGGUAACAUCAGAGAGAUGUACAAGGCCGUCAAGGCGUAUGGGCAUAACGUUUUCAUCGUAGCCCCGGCCACUGACCAGAGCGGCAAAGGAGGGUCAUUGACUUUUGCUACAACGGCCAACUUGACUGAGGACACAGAAUUUGGUCUUGUCAAAGCUGGCGCUCCCUCAGUUGGCCAUGAUGUUGAGGACGAUCAUAUCUGGUACUAUGCUGGCAGUCCUGUUGCAGCUGCUGCGGUGGGCAUUGACUAUGUUCUACCGAAAUACAAUGUGUCGAAGCCAGACCUCGUAAUGUCAGGACCUAACUACGGCGACAAUGUGGGUGGGUUUGCUUUUACCAGCUCCGGCACUAUUGGCGCUACCUACUAUGCUAUCGGUCGAGGAAUACCCGCCAUUGCCUUCUCCGCUGAAAAUUCUGAUGAGACUUCCUAUAAAGAAGUCAAUGCCACAACCUCUGUCGGCCUCAAGAACCCACAGACUAUUGUGGGUGAGCUAUCGGCGGCCUUUGCGCAGAAUCUCAUCCUCAGGAUGAAGGGCCGCCGACUUCUUCCGCUCGGCUACGGAAUCAAUGUCAACAUGCCAACUAUCACCUCCACGAACUCCGACGAAUGCAUUGCGCCAGAGUUUUUCCAUACUCGCAUCACUGGGGACGCAUGGUCUCUUGGUAUCAGCUAUAAUGCGACUACCGGUCUUAUGCAAGAGACUUUAGUCGAUCCAGCGGCUGCACUUGACACAUGUAUAAAUGGUGAUUGUUCUCUUCCGUCCGAAACUGAACUCACCUCCUCAGGUUGCAAGAGCGCUGUGUCCAUUUUCAGUAUCGAUUAUGAUGCACCGGAUGGUAUAUCUGGCUCCAACCUUACUAGUAGUAUUCGUGCAUCUUUCGGGUCUUUCGUUCAGUAUAUAAGCUCCGCAGAAGCUGCCACCUCUGUGGUUCGUACCAUGGACAAUUAA